GGUCAUAUAAUAGACAGAAAUAGAAAAUGAUCGAAUUUGAUAUUGUGUUGGAUACAGUCGGCCAUCUUGGCCGAUAUCAAAUUAUGUUAUGCGCUCUGACGUAUUGGCUAGGAAUACCAUCUGGAUUGCAUAAUUUGGCUUCCGUAUUUUACGCUCCUCCCAUUGACUACAGAUGCAAUGUUCCUCCAAUCGACAACGCAACAGUAUAUCCGAAUUUAAACGAGAGCGACAUACUAAAUCUUACAACACCUUACAAAUCCGGGAAAUAUGAAACUUGUGAACGGUAUGGAUACGACUUGAGUGAAUGCAAUGGUACGUUUGAUUGUGUCAACAAAUCAUCACCAGCGAUCAAAUGUGAUAUGGGAUAUUGGUUUGAUACUACGGAAUUCACAAGUACAGUUGAUACCACGUGGGGAAUGAUAUGUGAUCAGAAAAUCAUCAGCACUGCUGUAACUGCGUUCUAUUUCGCUGGUAUGUGGGCAGGUGCAAUUGUAUUUGGUUACACAUCUGAUUUAUAUGGCCGCCGCAUAACUAUGUUUGCGACAAACAUUGGAACUUUGGUAUUUGGUAUCGCCACUGCAUUUUCGCGCAAUUUUUGGUUGUUUGCAAUACUCAGGUUUUUUGUCGCAAUGUUUUCUCAUGGAUCUUAUCUAGCUAUGACAGUGUAUGUAAUUGAAAUAUCUGGCAAUAAGCGAACACCUACGGGAAUCCAUGCCCACACCGCAUUUGCAGUGGGAUACAUUUUAGCAUCUUUCUUUUCGUACUUACUGCGUGACUGGAGAUAUUUUUAUCUUGGAAUUUCACUUACUCCUAUACCUUACAUAUUUUUCCAUUUUUUGGUUCCAGAAUCUCCCCGAUGGCAUUUUUCAAAUUUACGCGAUGACGAAGGCAAAGAACUAUCACACAAGUUUGCAAAACACAAUAAGAAAGAAAUUCACAAAGAAGUUUGGGAAAUAGCAGAUACAGGCGAUGUGAACAAGGAAUCUUUGAAACGGAAAUAUGCGGUUACAGAUUUGUUUAAACAGCCAAGGUUGCGACUUAUUACAUGCAACAUUAUGUUUAGUUGGUUCGUGAUAUCACUCAUGUACUACGGGUUAUCGUUAAAUGCUGGCAGUUUGUCUGGAAACAUAUUUCUUAAUAAUGCUUUGAAUGGAGUGAUGGAAAUAUUUGGAUACUUCCUCGUUGUUGCACUGAUGGAUAGGAUCGGGCGUCGUAUUCUACUUUCCAGUGCAUGUUUUCUCGGCGGGUGUGCUUGUAUUGGAAGUAUGUUUUGUGCUCAAUUUGCGAAUGGAAAUCAAGCUGUCAUAACGACAGGAGUAACAAUGGCCUUUAUCGGAAAAAUAGGAGCUGGUGCGGGUUUCGCAAUUAUAUACAACUACACUGCUGAACUAUAUCCUACAGUCGUCAGGGUUAACGGUCUUGGAGUUGGUUCGAUGGCCGCAAGGUGGGGAAGCAUAUUGUCACCGUUCGUUCUUCUUGCUCAAGAUUAUAUUCCCUGGUUCCCCAGUGCUUUAUUCGGAAUUUUUGGAAUAAUAGCCGGAUUUCUUGCGUUACUCUAUCCCGAAACAAAUAAGAAAACAAUGCCUCAAACGUUAGAGGAGGCCGAACUAUUUUACAGAGGACUUCUAGAAGAUACAAAAGAAGAGAAAGAUGAUUUAAGCGAUAUUUCACAGUAAGCAGUUGCGAAAAAGUGCCAUAUCAAGAUUACGAGGGAGAAAUGAAUGAUGCAUUACCUGGAAUUAAUAGUACAAAACUAUAAAUGAAAAAAUACCUGAGCUAAAACGAUUAAAAAUCUACAGAAAUUAGAUAUAUCAUACAUCUAGAGAUUAUUAAAAAAAAAUGUUUAAGAUUUCCCAGUCUACUUUAAUUGUAUCUAUUUCAACAGAAUAAUAAAAGUGUAUAGAUAUAUUCGUGUUGUGUCGGUUAAAAUUUCAAAUUGACAAUUUUUUCAUUUCUUGAUUUUAUAAUUCUAAAAAGUGCUAUCACUUAAAGGUUGUACCUUUGUAACGGCAACCAAAUUGUA